AUGGCUUUUCGUGGAGAGCGCUUCGUCCUCAACUUGGAUGAUGACUCCGGAGCACCUGAAAUCCCCUCUCAGGCUCCGUUCUCUCUGAUCGGGGAGAUUCAAGAACGGCCUCCCUCCACCGCUAUUCCCCCCGCACCCAAAUUGCCAACAACCACCUCGACCGGGUUUCCAGCACCCCGCCAGCGCAAACCCUCCUCUUUCAAGCAGCGACGGGCAAAGCAGCCUGAACCAACCCCCUCGUUCACUCCACCCACAGCUCAAGAUGACAAGAAGUCAAUCGACGAGGAAAACCGUCGACACCUGGCAGCAAUGUCGGACACGCAGAUCCAACAGGAACGCGAAGAGUUGAUGGAACAAAUGGACCCAAGUCUCCUAGAACGCUUCCUCCGAAGAGCCAACAUCGACGAGGAUAAACAAGCCGAGGAGCCCACACCACCAGCUCCGGUCGCGCACGAAAAGUCCCCCAAGCCGAAGAAGUCGGUCUCGUUCGACGUCCCCGAGCCUGUGUCGGCAGCUCCCAAGUCUCCAACCCAAAGUGCACAAUCUCACUCCCUACCCAAAUCAUUACCGCCGCAUCCUGGCAAUGAAGACCGACCUUCGUCCACACUCCCCGCAGACCUCCACCCCGCUUCUCAACGCCCCUCCCUCGACCCAGCAACUCUAGAGACAUUCCACUUCCCCCAGCCAACCAAGCCCAGACCAGUGCUGGACCCAUCGUCACCUUCUUUCCUGUCAGAUCUGCAGUCACAUUACUUCCCCGAAAUAUCCCAAGACCCAUCCACCUUGUCUUGGCUCCAGCCCCUCUCCGCAGAUGAAGAAGACCCAGACUCAACCUCAGCCUACCACCCAGCCAGUAGCGCCAUCUCUCUAGCACCAUCAGCCAUCCGCUUCUCGCUGACAGGCACCAUCCUGGCACCUGAAACUUCCCUUUCUCUCCCAACAACCAUGGGUCUGCACCAUCACGGUGACGACCCCCAUGCUGCAGGAUAUACAAUUCCAGAGCUAGCUAUUCUUGCGCGUUCCACAUUCCCCGCGCAGCGAUGCAUUGCAUGGCAGGUGAUUGGCCGUAUCUUGUUCCGUCUCGGUCGGGCAGAGUUCGGAGAACGAGGUGGGCAGUUGUCCGAAGGACUGUGGUUUGUCAUCGAGAAGGAAGGUGUUGUUGCCGGUAUGCUUGCUGAAGCCGAUGGCAACGCUGGUCAAAGUGAAGGCCGUAACAAGAGCAGCUCAUCAAAGGACCAGAAGGAUUCUGAGGGUACUGAAAGCUCUAUGCCUGUUGCUUCGGGAGUCGGUCGCCAUGCCAGCGCCGCUGCUUGGGCCGUUGAGGGCGUCUGGCUGUGGCAGAAAGGCGGCGGCGGAGAUCGUGGUCUAAUGAAGGAGGGGCAACACAGAUCAACAUGA